GGAGCCGGAGACGUUGAACACGGCGCCGGACGCGAGUCGCUCGGACGACAGUAAAUGGCCCCGGCGUGCCGGCGGUGAACGAUGGGCUCCGCGCUGCGCGGCCAUGGCCAGAUCCAGCGACACCCACAGGCGCGCGGAGGACGGGGGCUCGCGCGCAGCGGCCCCCACUGAGCGCGCGGAGCCGCGGGAACUGUCUCUGGAGGAGGUGCUGAAGUCCUACGAGCAGCCCAUCAACGAGGAGCAGGCGUGGGCCGUGUGCUACCAGUGCUGCAGCGGGCUGAGGGCGCCCCGCCCCGGGAGAGCCGGCCGCCGGGUGACGGCCCCGUCCUCCAUCCUCCUGCACCGGGACGGGACCGUGUCCCUGCGGCGGAGCGACGAUGACACUGAUGGACCUCCUGCUGCACCUGCUGCAGAGCGUCAGCUGGUCCAGUCUCUGGGCGUGGCCAUCUACCGCGCUCUGGACUGGGGGCUGGACGACAGCGAGGAGCGGGAGCUCGGCCCCCAGCUGGAGCGCCUCAUCGAGCGCAUGGCGGGCGGCGUGCAGGGCGGAGGAGACGGCGCCUGCCCCGCCGCAGACGAGGGCUACAGCGGCCAGGAGGAGGAGGAGGAGCAGGAGGAACAGGAGGGCGCCAUGAGGCCGGUGUGCACGUUCCGCCAGGUGAUGGCGCUGUGUGCGUCCCGGCUGGCCGACCCCGGCUUGGCCCCGGACCACUACCAGGCCGUCUGCCGGGCCCUGCUGGUGGAGACCCUGGAGCUGCAGAGCUUCCUCAUCAAGAUCAGAGACGCCAAGGAGAUGCUGAAGAAGAUCACGACCACGGAGGACAGCGACGACCGGACCACCGAGCUGGACGCCCUGAAACACACCGACUGGGCCCGUCUGUGGGUGCAGCUGAUGAAGGACCUCCGUCAGGGCGUGAAGCUGAAGAAGGUCCAGGAGCAGCCGUUCAACCUGCUGCCCUCCGAGUUCAGCCUCACGCCCUUUGAGAUGCUGAUGCAGGACAUCCGCACACGCAAGGUCCAGCUGCGCAAGGUCAUGGUGGACGGAGACAUCCCCACCACAGUGAAGAGGAACGCCCAUGAAAUGAUCCUGGAUUUCAUCAGAUCAAGACCUCCACUGAAACCAGCGUCGGAGCGCUGCCUGCCCCCCCCUCCCCCGCAGCAGCAGACCCUCCAUGAGAAGGUCCUAGCAGGCAUCAAGCAGGAGAGGAAGCUCAGGCCGGUGGACCCGCCCAGCUCCAGAGAUUUUGGCUCUCUGCCCUGCUUGGCUCAGGCGUGUCCUCACGACCUCAAAUCCACGUCGUGCAUCGACCUCUCGGUGUCGGAGCCCCGCCCCUCACGGCCCCGCGUCCUGCUGAAGGCCCCGACGCUGGCCGAGAUGGAGGAGAUGAACAUCUCCGAGGAGGAGGAGUCUCCCGACAGUGGGGAGCUGAGGGGGCUGGAGAGCCCGCCGCCCCCCCUGAAGAGGGACCGGUCCUUCUCGGAGCACGACCUGGCCCUGCUGCGCUCCGAGACCCCCCCCUCGCUGGGGGCGGCGGUCCGGCUGAGGGGGGAGCGGCCUCGGUCCAGGACCCUGACGGGGGCCGGCCCACCUGCUUACCACAGAGCCUCCUACCCUCUUCACGGCUGGGUGCCGCCCUCUCCGGGCCGCCUGUCCCUGAGCUCAGUGGACGAGACCACCGAGGGAUCGGACCCCCGGUCCUGCUCCAGGGCUGCAGACGAGAACCAGUGGAUGGAGGAGUUCAGCCACCCCGUGGAGAGCCUCGCCCUGACGGUGGAUGAGGUCAUCAACGUGCGCCGAGUGCUGGUCAAAGCGGAGAUGGAGAAGUUCCUUCAGAACAAAGAGCUCUACAACAACCUGAGGAGAGGCAAGGUGUGCUGCUGCUGCAGGGUGAAGUUUCCUCUCUUCUCGUGGCCGUCGACCUGCUUGUUGUGUAAAAGAUCUGUGUGCGGCUCCUGCAGUGCAAAGAUGAAGAUCCCCUCUAAGAAGAUGGCCCACAUCCCCGUCUACACCGUUGGCUUCCACAGCGGCCCGAGGAGCCACGGCCGCAAGAGCCAGGUGUACAAGUGA